CAUUAUGAUGCGCUUAAAUCAUGGUGGGUGCAUUUGCCUGCUCCUCUCUAUUCUUCUUUUAUUCUGUGAAGGCAUUGAAACCAUUGAUGUUAAUGCCAAAAUCCCAGCUCUCUUCACAUUUGGGGACUCUCUCGUGGAUCCUGGCAACAAUAAUUUCAUUCCCGCCAUCCUCAAAGCCAACCAUGCACCAUAUGGCCAAGAUUUCAUGGGUCACGAACAAAAUGGUCGCUUUUCUAAUGGAAAACUUGCAACAGAUUUUAUCGCUUCUGGAAUUGGGGUGAAGGAAACAAUUCCUCCAUUUUUAGACCCUAAUCUGAACACCCAUGACCUUCUCACAGGCGUAAGUUUUGCUUCCGCUGGGACUGGAUACGACAACCUCGCGUCUUCCCUUGUUGUACGUCAGAAUUUUUCUUUUAGUUUAUACUGCUUGCUGUAAAUAUCGCCCUGGUUUGCAGUUAACAAGCUGCUUCGAAGUUCUAUGCAACUCCACAAUAUUUACAAAAUUGAAAAAUUUCAGUUAGAGAAAAUUAAAAAGAAAAACUUUGAAUGUUUCU